AUGCCAAUAGCUGCCAGAGGGGUCCAGGACAGAGUGGUGGAGCUUAUUGAACUGGCCCGCCCGGAGGUGGAGCCUAUUGAACUGGCCCGCCCGGAGGUGGAGCCUAUUGAACUGGCCCGCCCGGAGGUGGAGCCUAUUGAACUGGCCCGCCCGGAGGUGGAGCCUAUUGAACUGGCCCGCCCGGAGGUGGAGCCUAUUGAACUGGCCCGCCCGGAGGUGGAGCCUAUUGAACUGGCCCGCCCGGAGGUGGAGCCUAUUGAACUGGCCCGCCCGGAGGUGGAGCCUAUUGAACUGGCCCGCCCGGAGGUGGAGCCUAUUGAACUGGCCCGCCCGGAGGUGGAGCGUAUUGAACUGGCCCGCCCGGAGGUGGAGCGUAUUGAACUGGCCCGCCCGGAGGUGGAGCGUAUUGAACUGGCCCGCCCGGAGGUGGAGCGUAUUGAACUGGCCCGCCCGGAGGUGGAGCGUAUUGAACUGGCCCGCCCGGAGGUGGAGCGUAUUGAACUGGCCCGCCCGGAGGUGGAGCGUAUUGAACUGGCCCGCCCGGAGGUGGAGCGUAUUGAACAAUAA